GUUGUUGCUGUCGGGAACAAUCGUUGAGCUUCUUCUAGUUCACACUCAAUUCGGUCGUUUUCAGCAUUAACGGAGUCAGGCCCAGGCCUAACCUCAGUUCAUCCGAGCAGCCGAACACGCCCGCCGCCAUUCUACGCCUUGCUGCCCAGGUCGGACGGACCCUUUGCCGGAGACGAGCACACGCCACAGCAGGAAUUAUCGGGCAUAGAGCAGAGCGAAGCGAGAGAUCCAAUGGCGGCGGCGGAGGGGCAGUGGGUGCUCAUGGCAACGGGGCGGACGCCGACCAACAUUGCGGUGAUCAAGUACUGGGGGAAGCGGGACGAGGCGCUCAUCCUCCCCAUCAACGACAGCAUCAGCGUAACGCUCGACCCCGACCAUCUCUCCGCCACCACCACUAUCGCCGUCAGCCCCUCAUUCCCUUCCGACCGCAUGUGGCUCAAUGGCAAGGAGAUCUCGCUAUUAGGAGGAAGGUUUCAGAGCUGCCUCAAAGAAAUCAGAAAGCGUGCUCGUGACAUUGAGGACAAGGAGAAGGACGUCAAGAUCAAGAAAGAGGACUGGGGCAAGUUGCAUGUUCACAUAGCCUCGUACAACAACUUCCCCACUUCUGCUGGUUUGGCCUCUUCGGCUGCUGACCUUGCCUGUUUCGGGACAGAUAGAGAUUGCGAAUGUAAGUUUUCUCCCUUUAUGCCCGGGGUGGUGACAAGAAACAAGGCUUGACUUGUGGCAAAAGGUUAUGCCAAGUCGCAGGCCGUUCCAAAUGGACGUGAAGAGCGCUUUCCUCAAUGGGCCAAUCAAGGAGGAGGUAUACGUGGAACAACCCCCUGGCUUUGAGGAUGACAAGUAUCCCGACCAUGUAUAUAAGCUCUCUAAGGCGCUAUAUGGACUUAAGCACAUGGACAUCCAGCAUCACUUCCUGAGAGACCACCAGCAAAAGGGAGAUAUCGAUGUGUAUCACAUUAGCACCGAGAACCAGCUAGCCGAUAGCUUCACCAAGCCUUUAGAUGAGAAAAGGUUUUGCAGGUUGCGUAGUGAGCUAAAUGUCUUAGAUUCGCGUAACUUGGAUUGAUCUAUAGCAUACAUGUAGUCUAUGCCUUUGAUCAUGUUACUUUGAGCAUUUACAUUAUUUGUUGUCUAUUUAUGGUGCUCAAGUUGUACAAAUAUCCCCGGACCUCAUAAGUCCAUAUGCAAAUGAUGCACAUAUUUAAGGGGAGAUGUGCUACAACUUGACCCCUUUGAGACU